AUGCUGUCUGUGGAUGAUAAAUUGGGUGGAGCUGUGACUUCUAGAGUGAAAGGGUUUCGUAAUUGGUUUAAUGAUCAUUGUAUGGUGGAUUUGGGUUUUUCUGGUCCUAAGUACACUUGGCGGAAUGCAAAAGUUAGUGAAAGGAUUGAUAGGGCCAUUUGCACGAUGAAUUGGAGAAGGUUAUAUGCUGAUGCUCAUGUUAGACAUUUACCUAGAACUACUUCAGAUCAUAAUCCCCUUAAAAUCUCUAUGCAGUCUUGUUUUCAUGCUACUUCUCAUCUUCGCCCUUUUAGAUUUGAGGCAAUGUGGUUGAAGCAUGAGAAGUUUGGUGAGUUCAUUAAUAAUAUUUGGAGCAACUUGGAUGGCUCUGCUAUGGAGAAAACCCUUCAGCUGGUUGCUCAUCUCAAGCAUUGGAAUAUUAAUGUGUUUGGGCAUCUCCGGUUGAGGAAGGCCAGGAGGCUAGAAGUGUCCUUGAUGGAUGAGUUUAAUGGUAUCCUUGAGCAAGAAGCUCUAUUUUGGAAGCGAAGGAAUAAAAUUGAGAGUUUGAGGAAUAAUGAUAGUAUGGUUGUUGCGAAUGCUCCAGUGGAAUUAGCUGAAGUUAAAGAAAGCCUUUUUGGUAUUGGAAGUCUUAAAGCUCAUGGGAUAGAUGGUUUUCCAGCCUGCUUUUAUCAAAACCAAUGGGGCCACUGUGCUGCUGAUAUUUAUGCUAUGGUGACCAAGGCCUUUACUAAGUGUUCCUUUCCUGCUAAGUUGAAUCAGACCCUUAUUACGCUGGUCAUCUCCAAGAUCAUUGUGGCAAGACUGAGGUCUAUUUUGCCUAUGCUAAUUAGUCCUAACCAGAUUAGUUUUGUGCCUGGAAGGCAUAUUACUGAUAACAUUCUUAUUGCCCAGGAGCUUAUGCAUAAGUUCAAGGUUUCUAAGGGCAAGAAAGGAUUUCUGGCUUGGAAAAUUGAUCUUUCUAAGGCUUAUGACAAGUUGAAUUGCCAUUUUAUUGAAGUGGUGUUAGCUGAGUUGGGUUUGCCUGUGGCUUUAAGGAGGUUGAUCAUGCAUUGUGUGUCCACUGUCAAGUAUCAAAUUUGUAUUAACGGGGAGCUCACUAUUUCUUUUACUCCUAUGAAUGGUAUUAGGCAAGGGGACCCCUUAUCACCCUACUUGUUUGUGUUGUGUGUUGAAAAACUUUCUCACAUCAUCUUUGACUUGGUUCAAAAAGGUAGUUGGAAAGCUGUUAAAUCUUCUCAAUCUGGGCCCAUGGUUUCCCACCUCUUUUUUGCAGACGAUCUUAUUCUUUUUGCUGAAGCCUCUGUUAAACAAGCUCGCAUUAUGAAGGGUUGUUUGGAGCUCUUUUGCCAAGCUUUAGGGCAAAUUGUCAACUAUGAUAAAUCUGAAGUUUUUUGCUCUCCCAAUACUCCGAAUGAGGUGGCUAAGGAGAUUAGCUGUAUUUGUGGCUCUCCCCAAACUAGUGACUUGGGCAAUUACUUAGGCAUGCCUCUUCUUUAUGCAAGGGGUACUCAUGCUACUUAUAAGAAGUUGCUGGAUAUGGUGCAACGUCGGUUGGCUUCUUGGAAAGGAGGGUUGGGUUUUAAGAAGUCUGAUGCUAUGAAUCAAGCCUUGCUUGCUAAAACUGGUUGGAGAAUUCAGAAUAAGGAUGAGGGGCUUUGGGCUAGGAUUUAUGAGGCCAAAUACCUUAAAGGUACGUCUAUUUUGGAUCCUUCCCUGCUUCCAAAGCAGGUUUGUUCCUCUACUUGGAGGGGUAUUCUGCAUGGGUUGGAGUUACUCUCUAAGGGUAUGCUGUGGAGGAUUGGGAAAGGAGACACAGUUAAAUUUUGGCAAGAUAGGUGGCUGAAUGGAAGUCCUCUUCUUGAACAAGAUGGGGUUCUGCAAGUUGGGGAUGUGACUUGUAGUGUUUCCAAUUUUCUUAAGGGGGAUUGGUGGGAUAUUGACAAAUUAAGGGCAGUUUUGGAUGAGGAGUUGGUCCAGCAAAUUAUUUGCAUCCCCGUGGGAGUGAUCGGUGCUGUUCCUGAUGCACAAAUUUGGGGGCCUGCUGCAAAUGGCAAAAUCUUGUCUAAUGAGCAGAGGGCUUGGAGGCAUUUGACUGAUGAUCCUGCUUGUAAUUAUUGUAAUUUUCUAGUUGAAUCCAUAUUGCAUAUCUUUAGGGGCUGUGAGAAGGCUACUAAUGUUUGGCAUGCUAUGCUUGGUCUUGGUGCUCAUCCCCAUUUCUUCCAUAUGGAUUUCCACCCUUGGCUUCGCUAUAAUCUUUUGUCUAAAGCUAUGUGGGGAGAUCAUGUACCUUGGAAUCUAGUUUUUGUUUUUACUUGCUGGGUCUUAUGGAAGUGGAGAAAUAACCAUAUUUUUAAUAUAGAAGAUGAGGUCAGUUAUGAGCCUAAGAAAAUUAUUGUUGCUACUGUUAAGGAGUGGUAUACGAGUAGUCGGGUUGGGAAUACAAAGGCUUCGAAAUUUCCCCUUUUGCUGGCAUGGGAACCUCCUGAUCUGGGAAAAUUUAAGCUUAAUGUGGACGGGUCUAGAAGCUGUGCUUCAGGCUCUAUUGGUGCUGGAGGAGUUAUUCGAAAUUCUUUAGGGGAGUGGAUAUGUGGUUUUGCUGUGAACCUUGGUAAGGGGCAAAUCCUAGAAGCUGAAGUUUGGGGCUUGUUUUUUGGUCUGCAACUUGCUAUUGCUAAAGGCAUUCGUAGGCUCACUGUGGAAAUGGAUGCUGCUACGGCUGUACUCUUAGUCCAGCAGCAUUCUAGGCUUGGUUCUCACCCUCUAGCUUCCUUGAUUACUAGCUGUUGUGCAAUGGUGAGACAGAUUGGUGUUUGUGCUGUGAGCCACAUCUACAGGGAAAGGAAUGCUGUGGCAGAUUAUUUGGCUAAAUGGAGCCAUAAUAUUGACCUUGGGCUGUGUGUGCUUGAUGCUGCCCCAAGCUGGAUUGGUGCUUUAUUAGUGGAUGAUUUCUUAGGAGUUCAUAGAACUCGUUGGGUUGGUUUAGCCUCUGGCUAA